AAAACAAAACAAAACAAAAGAAGGAAAUUCAAGGAAUGUUUACAUAUUUCAUUUUUAUGUACCAAACUAUAUUGUAAACUUCCUCCAUGAGGAUCCCCUUGCUUCAUCAAUAUAAAGGAAUCUUUGUCGAAAAAAAUAAUAAGUAAAUUCAAAUUAUCAGCUGAUCCUAAUUAAUAUUGAAAAAAUAAUUUUCAUAAAUAUAAAAUUAUAGAAAGGAAAAUUAUAAACCGAUAAAACAAAAAGAAAGGAAAAUUUUAAGUUUAAUCAUAAUUAAUAUUGGGAAAAGAAUUCUCAUAGAUAUAAAACAUUACUCCGAUCCGACCAAACUCUUUUUAAUCUUUUUUUUUUAGCAACCCGACCAAACUAAACUCUUUUAAUCAAAUUGAAUCAAUGGAGGAAGAAAGAUGGGAAUCAUCGCCACCUCCGGCCAAGAAGAUGAAAGUGUCUCCGUCGUCGUCUGGGUUAUGGUCGCUGCCAGAUGAGGUGGCAGUUAACUGUCUGGCUCAGAUCUCAAGAUUCGACCUGGCGGCCUUAGCAAUCGCCUCAAAGAGCCACCGGUCUCUCGUGUCUUCCCCUGAGCUCUUGGAACUGAGACGGCAGAAGGGUUGCACCGAGACGUGUUUCUACGUAUGCAUGCGCGUCUCUCCCGACCCGAGCCGCCCACCACGUUGGUUCAUCCUCAGCCCUCACCAUCGCCUGAACCCGAUCCCGUGGAACCCCUCCCAGGCCUCGGAAUCGUCCUCCUACGUGGCGGUGGACGGAGGGAUCUACGUUUUGGGUGGACUCAUAGACGGCCGCCACCGCACUCGAGAUGUCUGGUUCCUAGAUUGUUUCUCCCACACGUGGACACGCGUCCCGUCCAUGAAGAUGCCUCGUGCUUCCGCAUCAGCGAACCUCGUCGACGGGAGGAUAUACGUUUCUGGAGGGUGUGUAGAGGAGAAAGCUAAUCCCAUAAACUGGUCAGAGGUUUUCGAUAUAAAGACCCAAACGUGGGGUCACUGGUAUCUCCCCAAGUUGCGAUUCAGUAUCUGCCAGAGUGUGGUGAUAGAGGAGGAGAAGAAGGUUUACGUUGUUGACGAGGGGCGUCGAAGCUUCUACUUGUUGCCGAGUGAGUGUUUGUUUUGGAGGUUAAACAAAACAAUUUGCGACUUUAUUCCGGGAACCAGAAACGAUUGGUGUGCUAUAGGGAAGCUUUUGUUCUGUCGUGGUACUACUUGCGGGAGGAUACUGUGGUGUGAGCCUAAUGAGUUGCGUUGGAAACCAGUCAAGGGUCUGGAGGUAUAUGAUAUAUGCAGACUCAGCAGCAACUCUGCUGGAAACAUUGUCAUCUUCUGGAACUCCCAUCUUCGUCAGACUUGGCUUUGGUCUGCUGAGAUUUCCUUGCGGAGGGAACAAGAAGAGAUUUGGGGUAAGAUGGAAUGGUCCGAUGCUGUCUUCAAACUUGAUACUCUCUCACCCUCAUCUGUCUUAUACUCUGCUUCUGUUCUUGUGUCGGCUAAAUGAAUCUAUGCAUUAUAUUGAUUUAACUUAUAACAUUGUGUAACAAACCUCAAGUUUAAAGCAAAGGGUUAAAGCAUCAAUAUUGUUUUUUUA